CGCGGACACCGCCACCAAGCGCCUUCAUCCUCAUGGCAGAGCGCGGUAAGACGCAAUAUGGCGGCGGCAACGCCACCCGCAACCCUUACAGUCGCGGUGGAGGUUCAGCUUGGGCACGUAACUCUCAGGGUGCACGCGCCAAUGCCCAGCGCAACCGACCGGGCCGCGGCAUGACGGAAGCCAAACAGUACGCCCUCAAAAAAGGUGACGAACUCGACAAGAAAUUCGGCUUCUAUCUCCUCCCGGAGUUAUUAGAACAAGAAGGAGAGGGCAGGAAGGAGCAGUCAGACGCUACAAUGGACGGAGAAGACCACGCUAAGCUUGGUUGGCUGCUCAAUCUACGUGCGUGUACGCUGCCCGAUCCGGUGGAGGGCAAGAACGAGGUCAGCGGUCUCGAAUUGUACUUCCUAGAGCAGGACGGUAAGGCCUUCAAGACCCGCAUCAUCUAUCAGCCUUACUUCUACGUUCGUCCCGAAGCCAACAGGUCACAGGAAGUCAUUGCAUACUGUCUGAGGCAGUUUGAAGGCCUCGUGGCCAAAGCGGAGAGGGUUUUCCGUGAGGAUCUUGACAUGGCUGACCAUCUUAACGGCAAGAAGGCCUUGUACGUCAAGCUGAGCUUCGCCACGGUCACGGAUUUGAUGACCGUGAAGAAAGAGCUUGCCCCUUUGGUGGCCAGGAACCAGGAGAGAUUGCAGGCGCGACAAGCCUAUGAGAUGCAGGGACAGACACGAGAACAAGUGACGGAGGAUGAUCUCGUCUUUGGCGGGGAUACAGAUGGAGCUAAAGGAACAAGCACAGAUGAGAGCGAGAGCUCACUACUAGAACUGAGAGAAUAUGACGUGCCGUACCCCAUGCGAGUUGCCAUUGAUCUGGACAUCCGUGUGGGUGCGUGGUAUCACGUGAACUAUGAUCCCACGGCGCCGUACUCGCCCUCGGAUGUGAGACGACAGAAGGAUAUGGUGGAUAAGGCUGAGCCUGUGGUAUGUGCCUUCGAUAUCGAGUGUACCAAGGCACCUCUGAAGUUUCCGGACGCACAGGUGGACCAGAUUUACAUGAUUUCGUACAUGAUCGACAAGCAGGGAUACUUGAUUGUGAAUCGCGAGUUCGUGUCAGAAGAGAUCCAAGACUUCGAGUAUACUCCCAAGGAGGAUUAUCCUGGCCCUUUCAUCGUGUUUAAUGAGGAGAAUGAAGAACAGCUUCUGAAGCGCUUCUUCGAGCACGUGAUUGAAGAGAAGCCGCACAUUUUCGUGACUUAUAACGGUGAUUUCUUCGAUUGGCCCUUCAUUGAUGCGCGUGCACAAGUUCACGGCAUCAACAUGGCGCGUGAAAUCGGCGUUUCUCUCGAUGAGCGCAGUGGCGAGUAUCGUGGACGCUGCAGUGUGCACAUGGACGCAUUCUGCUGGGUGAAGCGCGAUUCGUAUCUACCACAGGGAAGUCAGGGCUUGAAAGCCGUGACGAAAUACAAGUUGGGAUACGAUCCAGUCGAGGUGGAUGCAGAAGAUAUGGUUGCAUUGGCUCGUGAUGAGCCACUGAAGAUGGCGUCGUACUCAGUUUCCGAUGCCGUCGCCACGUUUUACUUGUACGAUAAGUACGUACACCUAUUCGUUUUCUCGCUAUGCACAAUUAUUCCUUUGGGCUCUGAAGAUGUGCUUCGAAAGGGCUCAGGUACUCUUUGCGAAGCUUUGCUAAUGGUUGAAGCUUUUGGAGGCAGCAUUAUUUGCCCAAACAAGCAGAGUUCAGCCCGCGAAGAAAAAUUCUACAAAGGUCACCUAGUCGAGAGCGAGACCUAUGUGGGUGGACACGUUGAGUGUUUGGAGUCUGGAGUCUUUCGCGCUGAUUUCUUGUACGACUUCCAGCUGGUGCCUAGUGCGUUCCAGCAGUUGAUCGACAAUAUCGACCGUGACCUUACGUUCUCCUUGGAGGUUGAGAUGAAUGUUCCAGUCGACAGUGUUGCCAACUAUGAAGAAGUUAAACAGGAUAUUGUUGACCGCCUUGUUGGACUUCGCGAGAGGCCAAACCGGAAGGAAGAGCCACUGAUUUACCACUUGGAUGUAGCUGCCAUGUACCCGAACAUUAUUCUCACCAACCGAUUGCAGCCGUGCGCUAUUGUGAAUGAGGCUGACUGUGCCGCUUGCGCGUUCAAUACUGAGUGCGGUCGAGCAGCUAUUCAGGAUAAAGACGCUUCGUGCCAGCGUGAAAUGGAUUGGGUAUGGCGUGGUGAUUUCUAUCCUGCCACGCGACCUGAGUACUACUCCAUCAAGACUCAGCUUGAGUAUGAGAACUUUCCUUUGGAGAAGAAGGGGGGUGCAGCGAACGGAGAGAUGACCAAGGUGCCCAACCGUAGCGCGCAAUCUACUGUUCCUUAUGCUCAGCUUCCUAAAGACAAGCAAGAACUGCUGCUGAAACAGCGAUUCAAGUCAUACUGUUCAAGUGUAUACAAGAAAACUAAGGUGACUGAGGAGCAAAAGCGAUCGGCCACAGUUUGCAUGCGCGAGAAUCCAUUCUAUGUGAACACAGUGCGGGCUUUCCGUGAUCGUCGUUACGAGUACAAGGGACUGACAAAGGUCUGGAAGAAGAAAGUGGGGCAAGCCGCCGAGGCGAACGAUCUGCUGGCGAAGAUUGAUGCGCAGAAUAAGUGUCUUGUGUACGACUCCCUCCAGCUGGCUCACAAGUGUAUCCUGAACUCCUUCUAUGGUUAUGUGAUGCGUAAGGGUGCUCGCUGGCACUCAAUGGAGAUGGCUGGUAUCGUGACGCACACGGGUUCCAACAUCAUUACUGGUGCUCGUGAGCUGGUAGAGCAAAUUGGACGGCCGCUGGAGCUGGAUACCGAUGGUAUUUGGGCUAUUCUACCCAAGUCAUUCCCCGAAACUUUCUCCUUUAAGCUCAAGGAUGGUGGCUCAAGAAGUAUCUCAUAUCCGUGUGUGAUGCUAAACGCUGAUGUACACGCAAAGUUCACUAACCCGCAAUAUCACGAGCUGGACCCCGCAACAGGUAAAUACAACUCGCACAAAGAGUGCUCCAUUCUAUUCGAGGUGGAUGGUCCAUACAAAGCCAUGGUCCUCCCUGCGUCUACCGAAGAGGGAAAGCUGUUGAAGAAGCGGUAUGCAGUGUUCAACUUUGAUCACUCUCUGGCCGAGUUGAAGGGCUUUGAGCUCAAGCGACGUGGUGAGCUGCAGCUUAUCAAAGCGUUCCAGUCGCAGGUGUUCGAGUGCUUUCUCGAUGGUGACAGUCUAGAAGAAUGUUAUGCAUCCGUUGCGAAAUGCGCGAAUCGUUGGCUUGAUGUGAUUGAUACUCGAGGCAAGUCAAUGGAUGACGAAGAGUUAAUGGCGUUGAUUACGGAGAACAAGAGUAUGUCUGGCAAGCUGGACGAGUACGAAGGUCAGAAAUCAACCUCUAUCACCACUGCCAGGCGUUUGGGUGAGUUUCUCGGCGAAGAAAUGAUCAAGGACAAAGGCUUAACGUGCAAAAUGAUUAUUGCCGCACGUCCUUACGGCGAAAAGGUGACAGAGCGAGCUAUCCCGACGGCCAUUUUCGCAACGGAAGAUGCUGUAAAGAAGCACUUCUUGAAGAAGUGGUUGAGAGAUCCUCACCUCCAGGACUUCGACAUUCGCUCCAUUCUCGACUGGGAUUAUUACCGCACGCGUUUCGCUUCGACGGUGCAGAAGAUUAUCUCGCUUCCAGCCGCUUUCCAGAACGUGAAGAAUCCGGUGCCUCGCAUUGAGCUUCCAGACUGGAUGAGGAAGCAGGUUCGUGAGAAGAAUGCCAAACACCAGCAGGGUAACAUGAAGCAGUUCUUUAAGGCUGCUGCUAAGGGCUCGGACAAUGGAGACUACGUGGCUGAGUUGAUCGAUAUGGAGGACUUGAUGAAAGGAAAACAGCCUUCACGACUUGGAAAACCCAUCUCACGAAAGCGGGGAAAGAAAACAAGUGACGGAGAUGACAGCAGUAGUCCGAUCGAGGAGAUCGAUGACGACGGUGUGGACGACAUACCUGCGGCUAAGAUGAAGCUCGGAGAUGUGCCAUUCACCGAGUGGCUGAAGAACCGAAAGAAGAAGUGGAAGUCCAUGCUCGGCAAGCGGCGACGUGAGCGAGAGGAACGAAUGCACAAUUAUGGUGGUGCGGGUGGAUUUGGAAUGGCGAACAGCGCACACGGCAGUGCAAAGCGUUUCCAGAGUGGAUCCACCAGUGUUCUUGCUGCAAAAGGCAACGGAGUUGGUAUGGAGAACUUUGUCUUUAAUGCUGGAAGCGCAUUGCAGCGCGAGUACUGGCAGAUUGUGGAGAUUCAGCAAGAACAGGGAGGAAUUUUCACGUGCUGGGUUCUAACUGCUCAUUCGCAAAUGCUUCAGCGAAUUACCCUGAAGAUGCCACGAGUAUUCUACAUCACGUGCGAAGAUGCUGAUCAUGAUAGUUUGCUUUCGUUGCUACCAGGAUCGCGUCGUGUAUCUCGGAUUGUGCCUCACUUUUCGUCCAAACCUCAAUCGGUACUGGAGGUAAAGCUCAGCGAGCAGCAGUAUCAACAAUAUCACAAGGAGAUCAGUCAGAUUCUCGGCGACCCUCAUGUGAAGGGCGUGUACGAACUGCAGGUGUCUGCGUUGACGCGAGCAGUUUGUGCUCUUGGCUGCGUGGCCAAGGUAGUCAACCCGCACCUCUCCAGCACCAAUCAGGAAUACGAACUCAGCGACUUACAGUUCCAAUCCACGGCACAAGCACCAUAUCUCAUGGACCCCCAGCACUUGCUAACGGCUAAUGGAGCUCCUCAGGCAAACUCGCUAAUGCGGAGGGUGUUGCUGUAUUUUGCGCAGCAGAAGAAGCGCGCCAUUCUGGGCUUGGUCGUGCUGAAAGAGGAAGACGACGUCGCCAGUGCUGAGAGCUUGGGAAAGGCAGUCAGCGAGGGCGAUGCCAACGUUUGGUACGUGGAUCCAGUCUCGAACGUCAAGUCUCGAGGUUCCGAUUUGAAGAAUUUCUUCGAACAACUUCUUCUGGAAUCACAAGAGGAAGGUGUCGCUGCUCCUAUCCAGAGCUGCUCAUUCAAGACGCACGUCGUCAGAACAACACAGGAAGCUUUCUCCGGCGUGAAUGCGACUCUCGCACGACUAGCUUCGAACAAGCAGCUUGCCCCAAAACCAACGAUUGUAGUGGCGCAGACGUGCAUUCCGUCCAGCAAGCGACUUCGUGAAAAGAUGCAGGGCCUUCACAGCUUCCCUGUUGCUAUGCUGCCGUGGAAUGAAGAAGACACGCUCUUCCCAGCGCUGACGUGGCGGAAAAUCAUGGGAGAAAAGAUGCUGACGCGCUGUUUCGAGAUGACGCAGUACUAUGCGGAUGUGCUGGACUGCGCUCGCUACGCACAUCUGCCUGUGGGUAACUUCACAGGUGACCACUCCAUCGCCAUCUUGGACACCUUGUACUCGCGUAUCUUGACCAAGCACAAGCAUCUGUGGUGGCACUCGCCAACAUCACUACCAGACCUGGGAGGCAAGGAGCAGGAGCAGCAGUUCCAACAGCUCUUUAGUCAAUCGCUGUUGGGAUCGGCACAACAGCAGAAGAGCGAUGCCGCUUCACAGCACCGUGUAGACACGUCUAUUGUGGUCUGCGAUAAGGGAUCUUUCGUGGAUGUGUGCGUUGAGCUAGAGCUGGAUGGUCUUGCAGUCAACGCAAUUCUCGUGGCGUCUCAGAUCCAUAGUAUUGAGGGCCUGGGAGUAGCGCAUCAGAUGGAGAUCGAUUUUGACGGCAAUGGUGAAGGUGGUGAGAGUGCGAAGGCAGAAGGCUCCGCUGCUCCAGCAGUAGCAGAAGGAGAUGCCGAGGAGAGUUGUCACGAAGCUUUCCGCUUGCUGCGUGUGAUGGUGACGACGCUCUUCAAGGAUUUCUUGGCGAGUCGGAACAAGUUUGCGGAUCACGUGCUGCAGCAGUUUUAUCGGUGGCUGUGCUCUCCAAACUCUUUGAGUUUCGAUCCGGCAUUGCAUGCGAUGGUUAAGCGGUUGAUGGAGAAGUUGUUCUUGCAGCUCCUCGCAGAGUUCAGGCGACUUGGCUCACAAAUCGUGUACGCAGACUUCAGUAAGAUCAUCGUGUGCACCAAGAAAAAGUCAGUGCGCGAUGCCCAGACGUACCUAAACUUCAUCUUGCAGACUGUGCUGUCCAACGAACUCUUCCAGGUGCUCAACUUUACUCCGAAGAAAUACUUCUCGAACCUUUUGUUUCUGGAUGCGGAGAACUACGGCUGCAUUUUGCUGAAGAACGUGGUGCCAGAGGAAGAACAAGAAGAGGAGACUGAUCACGACGACAAUGGAGAGAAAGCUCUGGAGAUCGUAGCUCACUGGAAUAUCGCCAACUACUUGCCACGUGGCGUGGACGAGUAUUUUCUCAUCUUGGUUGGUCAAUUCAUCCGCAGACGUGCGGAGUUCCAGCGUAGAAGGCUCGCAAAGGGCGACGACGCCAAGGUGGACGUUGCUGAGGAUGAUGGACAGCCUUUGGAUGAGGAUGAGAAGCAGUUGAGUCCACUUGCCAAGUAUUCGCAAAAGCUCGUAUCGUCGUACUUUUCCGACAAGAUGCUGCGUCUAGUUCCUGAGAUUCUGACGCACAACAUGGAUCGGGACAGCUUCCCUGUGUUUGCUGGAUCGCAUCUGUCAAUGGAGUCGCCUGCACUGGAAUUGGUGAAAUUUGUGACUGCAGUAUUCCAGCUGGAGCCAAGUGUGGAGACUCAAGUGGGCAAGAUGAGACGCACGUUGCUUAAGUUGCUGCACACGAGUGAAUUCGGUGAGGAAUCCCAGUUUCGCAACCCGUCACUGUCAUUUACGGUGCAAGACGUCAUCUGCCUUAAUUGCAAUCUUUGCCGGUCUGUCGACCUAUGUCGAGACCCUCAGCUCUUCAAGGGAAACGCAUCACGUUCCGAUGAAGACGACGAGGGACAGGAAAAUGAUGAGGACACCGACGCGGCUGUUGCCUGGCAUUGCCCUCGAUGCUUCGCAUUAUACGACAAAACCGCGUUCGAAAUGCGACUUGUGGAGUUGGUGCAGGCGCAGUCUGUUGCUUACCAGUUGCAGGAUCUGUACUGCCGCAAGUGCCACCUUCCAGCCGAGCACAAAAUGCGCGAGUAUUGCCCUUGUUCUGGCACGUACGCGCUGAUACCUGGAGUGCGUGAAUCGCUCCUGGAAACGAUGCGGCUGCUAAAGCGCAUUGCGCAGCAGCACAACUUCGAGUGGCUCUUAGAGACUGUCCAGCGUUUGGAGCGCGAAGCUGCACAGCCAUUACUCAUGUAAGAGAAAAAUAAGCAUCGGGAUAGACUUGGAUGCCCAUUUUAAGACACAAAGAGCAUUAACCAUAAAAAUAUUAACUUCUCAGCCUUCUGAAGA